AUGUGGUUGGUUAAAAGGAGUGCCGCCAGCAGCGCUCAGAUCGGAUGGGAACCAACUUUUAUAUCCUACAGUCAGUGGGAUAUCCCGGAUAAUCGUCAUGUUCAGCCGGAAAAUCCUACCGGUUAUGCGCGCUUUGGAAAUUCUUUACAGACGCUUUGGAAAUUCUUUACGGAAAAUCCUACCGGAAAUAGUUUUGUCUUUCAGAAGAAUCCUGCGGAUUACCAAGCUCUGUCUCAGGCACCACCUCCAGCUGUGCUACCGGCCCAACAACCUGAAUCGGAUUUGCUCUCACUGCAGAAAUGUGUGGCCAAACGUCUCUCAAGAUUUCGUGAUUUGCAAACAAUUCAAGAUUGUACGGAGAGGGAAGAAGAAUUCAGUGUUCGUCCAGGAAAAUCUAUUACACCGCAGCUGCGCAGACGUGAUCCGCGAGUUCAUGGCUUCAGUCCUGAUGUUUCCAUGCCGUUGCUCAGGGAGAUACUGCGAAGGCCACCGUUAGCUGAGCCAACAUUAUCACAGAUGCAGAAAAAUCUGCUUGAUUCAACAUUCGCCACGCAGAGAAAACCCAUGCUGGUUGAUUUAACUUCUGAGAACGAAAAUUAUUGGCCAACAGUCAUCGAUGCCUCGCGAGCGCAAGGAAACGGCGGACAAGAAUGUACAGAGGCCACUUGUCCGGGAUUUCGAGUUAGCACUAAUUAUGAUAAGCGCGGUAAAAUUAGGGAACAAGGUUAUAGCAAGAGCAGUGGCGGAAGUACCGAAAGUUAUGAUACAGAGCACAGUUUGUGCUAUGUAACGAGGGCACUAGAUUCGCAGAAUCAACGUCGUGCCUCAGGCCAUUUCGAUCACUGGGAAAAUCGUUUCGGAUACUUAGAAUCUAAUAAUCCAACAAAUUUUCAUGGACAAAAUGUUCCCAACAGUAGGAGCGUUGUGAAUCGUCGGAUACAACCGCUCUCGAAUGAACAGGCACCGAUUCACACCGAAUUCCGAUCUCAGUUGAAUUCUCGUGGCUGUAUUUCGCCGGAAUGGACACCAGAAACAGCUCGAUAUCUGGAUAGUCUGCUAUCAGUGAACUGGGAAGGAACAGAUAAUAGUUCAAGUUCCGGUCAAGUGCUGGAGUUGUCGGUACAGCCUUUAGCUUCAAAGAUCCAAAACGUGCGCCAUGUUCCAGUAGAACCUCAGUUGCCCUCUUCCAGCAUAUGUUUUCCGGGAAAAGCACCACCAACGCUUCAAAGCUGGCAAGGACUGCAGCCAGCGGAUCAGAAAUCCAAGCUUCCAAGCUUUCAGCGUCUAAAGGAUUCGCUAUCGCGGUCUUCAAUUUCACAGGUCAUCUUUUUCCUCAGCAAUUACUUUUUUGAGGAACGAUGGGACUUCCAACUUGUGCGGCUGAAAUGUAUGGCAGUACAAUCAGGAGAAAUUCUUUGA